AUGGUUGAGGGAAUUGUAUGUUGGAAUGAGAAUUGUGUAGGAUUAUCCACCUCUGAAGAGUUUCAAAGUCACCCUUUGGCAGACUAUGUAAAUCAAGAAAAUAAACGUGGAAUUCAGGGUUUUGAACAAUGCUCUAUUUCCAAGAGAAUGAGGUUGUCACCUGAGUUUACUCUGCAGGAAGGAGAUGUAGAUUCGGCUCAGGAGUCGAGUCCUCUUGGUUUGAAACUGCGAAAGACGCCAUCUUUUCUGAAUUUAUUGGAGAUGAAGUUAUCCCAAUGGAGGAAAGAAGAUUGUUCACCGAAGAGCAAUCCCAGAAUGGGACGACAGAGUUCUAAAACAAAAUAUGAUGAGAAAUUAAAGGCUACGAACUUCGCUGCGAUUUUACUUAGAAUUGGAAAUUGGCAGUGGAUUUCUGGGCAUGAAGGCGAUUUGACAGCAAAGAUAUACUACGGAAAACACAAAAUGGUUUGGGAAGUGUUGAGUGGAGCACUGAAGAGUAAGAUUGAGAUACAAUGGUCUAAUAUUACUGCAAUUAGAGCUAUUAUCCGUGACGACGAACCAGGAAUUCUCGAGAUUGAGUUGAACCAAACACCUUUAUUCUUCAGAGAAACCAUUCCCCAGCCGCGAAAGCAUAGUCUUUGGCACCAAGCAUUGGAUUUUACUGGAGGACAAGCUUCCAUUUUCAGAACACACCAUGUGAGUUUCGCUCCUGGGAUGCUUGAGAAACACUAUGAGAAGCUUUUGCAAUGUGAUCAACAAUUGUUCUCGUUAAGCCAGAAGCCCUUCCCUAGCCAGGAAUCUCCCUAUUUUGACUCAGCUAUCAAUGGAGGUUCAAAAUCUUUUUUCACUUUGAACGGAUAUGAAUCAGAAUUUCUUCUUGAAACGCAAUAUCCUCAUCGAACUUAUCCUGCUCCUUUCGUCCUUGACAAUAUUGAAAACUUCAAAACAAUGACAAUGCCACCUAUGAGACUAAUUGCUUUUGAUGAAAAAGCAAGAAAUUAUAGAUGUCCGAAUCAAAGGCAGAGAGUUUGGGCUGACAGAGAAAAUGCUGAUUGGGAUAACCUACAAGCUGAUUAUGUUCUUAGUCCACUGGAUUAUGUGUCAAUGGAAGAUGUUGGAGGAUUUAGUCCAAAUAGGAUAGUUCUAAAUGACACUGAGAACCAUUUGCUAGAAGACAAUCAAUUCGUAUACUCUAAUGAAGAAACAAUUUUCACAAAUAUGAAAUUGAUGUGUCCGCGGGUUGAGCCAUUGGAUGUGAAUCCAGUCAACUCAGCUGUUGCAAAACAGUUGCAUAUAAACUAUCAAAUCACUGAUACACAAGUAAUUCAAAAUACCUUCGAGAAUUCAAUGCCUGAUGGCAUCGACUCAGAGCCUACGACUUGGUUAUCUCAUCAAGAUCCCAACGAAAGCUUAAAGAUGGAACCAACAACGAACAACUCGCUCUAUCAAUACACGUUGCCAAUCAAAGAUUUUUCAACUCCAAAUGUCGUGCAAAAUAUACACAGCUGGGCUUAG